GUGUGUGUGUGUGUGGUGGUGUGUGGUUACAGGAAGACUGGCUGUUUUAUGACUGAACACUUUUCCCUUUUCUUGUUCAAAGCUCAAAGUCCACCUGAGAGAAAGAAGACGAUCCAGUCGCUCGUCACAAACUGGAAGAACAUUUGUUCUAGAACAGGAAGUGCCUGUCAGCAGAAACCACAGAAGAAGAAGAAGAAGAAGAAGAGUAUUUGUAGGAACUUUGAGGAUUUAAAGUCUGAACGUCACACAUGGAUUGUACCUGAGGAGGAGGCCGGUUCUCUCAUCUUCCUGCUGUCAGACUGACUGGCGGCCAUCUUGGAGACGAGCUCAGCUGGGCUCCUCUGAUCCCUCCAGCGCCCCCCCUGCUGGGCAGAAUGGAUCCUGGAGCCAGCCGGGCCCCCCUGCAGGUCCUGGGGGAGCACGAGGCGCUGCAGCAGUUCUUCAGCGCUCCCAGGACAGUAAAAAGAGGAGGAGGUCUGAGUCUGAGGACCUGUCUGCAUCUGAGCCCGCUUGUUGUGAAGGUGAUGGGACUCGUAGUGCUGGGACCACUGUGAAUGGACCGGGUCCUGGGUCCUCCCAGCUGCUGACAUGGGAACCGUACAGAACCGAACACUGGAGCACUUUGCUGAACCGCAGCUACCAGACCCUGUCGUCUCCUGCCUUCCACGUCAACACAGAUAAAGGCUUCAACUACUCCACAGCUGACGAAGCCUUCGUCUGCCAGAAGAAGAACCACUUUCAGGUCACCGUUCACAUCGGGCUGGCUGCAGAGCCGCACUUUGUCAGAACUCCAAAUGGGCCUCAGGAAGUUGAUCACUUCCUGCUAAAGGUGUUUGGAGUUAAGCUUGAAACCCCGAGUCAGCAGGUGACCAUCGAGCAGUCUCAAYCAGACCGCUCCAAGAAGCACUUCCAACCCGUCAGGGUCAGUCUGCCUGCUGGAAAAAUCAGCAAAGUGACACUCGGCCGGCUGCACUUCAGUGAGACGACAUCCAACAACAUGAGGAAGAAAGGCAAACCCAACCCUGACCAGAGGUACUUUCAGAUGGUGGUUGGUCUUUAUGCUGCAGUCAGAGAAGAGACUUUCCUUCUGACUGCUCUGGUGUCUGAGAGAAUCAUCGUCAGGGCGUCCAACCCCGGUCAGUUUGAGAUGGACAGCGACACCUUGUGGCAGCGAGGGGCGGGACAGGAAGCUGUGGUCUGUCAGGGUCGAGUUGGCAUCAAUACAGACUCUCCUGAUGAGGCUCUGGUGGUUUGUGGMAACGCUAAAGUGAUGGGAGCCAUCAUUCAACCGUCCGACAGCCGCGCCAAAGAGAACAUUCAGGAGGUGGACUCUGAGCAGCAGCUGAAGAGGAUCACACAGAUGAGGAUCGUGGAGUUUGAUUACAAACCAGAGUUUGCCUCGGCUGCAGGAAUCGACCAAACCCACCAGACAGGAGUGAUCGCUCAGGAGGUCAAAGAGCUGCUGCCGUCUGCGGUCAGAGAGGUGGGACAUGUUGUGUGUUCAGACGGAGAGAGGAUACACAACCUCCUCAUGGUGGACAAGGAGCAGAUCUUCAUGGAGAACGUCGGGGCCGUUCAGCACCUGUCAAAACUCACCGACGACCUGGAAACUCGCAUCCAAGAGCUGGAGGUGUGGAACCGGCGCCUCGCCAAGCUGAAGAGCCUGACGGGCAGCCUGCGCUCCGCUGGGAAGCCUCAGAGACGGCCCAGUGGGUCCACCUCAGCAGGUCCAGAGUCCUGUAAGCCCGGCAGAAACCAGCCGAAGAGCCGGCGUCAGAAACACAAACGGUGCGUGCAGAAUAAACUCCUGCAGGCCGGCGUCUUCACCCUGCUGCUCACCAUGGCUUUGUGUUUGAUCUCCAUCUCAACGUUUUACCUGGUGAUUUUAAAAAACGGACACUCUGACCUUCCUUCAGACAACAGUAACAGCAGUGAAGUUCCUGCCCUGACGACAGCUUCAACCACCACAGUCUUGUGGACCAGACCUCCUGGUUCUUGGCCUCCUGAUGUGGACUUCUGCGACCUGCUGUACUGCAACCAGGUGUACUGCUGCCCCUCACCUGCAGGGGGCGGCACUGACUCCAAUGUCACCGCCACCGACGCAGCGGUGACGACAGCUGUAAGAGCAGAGAAACAUAAACGUCAGCUGAAAAGGGCCAGAGACUGGAAAAAUACCACCAUCCAUACUUUUAUGAUUAAAGAGAACCGGCAGGUGAUUGACAGCAGAUACUGCCUGAGAGAUGAAUGUGGGCCUGAUCGAUACGUCUUCAGAGUUCCUGUCAGCCCGUUUGUUCCUGUCAACAUGAGAGUCACCCUCCUCAUGAAUUCUACAGAGCUGUUGGUGGUCCAUCUGUGUGAUUUAGAUGAACCCAUCACCUGUUCUUCUCUGAUGGAUAAAAACACACUCACUGGAAGCAGGUACCCAUCAAAUACUCAGGGGGAACAUGAGUGGCCUCUUCACGUGGCUCGGUUUUAUCGCAGCUUUUAUCACUUUCGCUCUGCCGUGGCUGGUCAAGCCGACUGCAGUACCGACCAUCACUACGCGGGGGCGCUCUUCACAGAUUAUUACUUCAACUUCUACAGACGCUGCACAGACAAAUGAGUGAAAAUGAAGAUUUUAUUCCACAGAUUACUGUAUUCUGUCCUGACAGGCAGAAACUGAAGAUAUUACUCUGCUGGGUUUUGUUUUKUAUGAAUUUUAAACACAUUUUUUCACCGUUUCUGUCCUUGAUGCUGCAGAGUUUAUUAGUKUUCUUGUGUUGCUGUCCCAGAUCAGCAGCACAUUCACACUGUUGUUGUUGAACUGGACAGAUGGUCUGUAUGCUGAGCUGAAUGAAGUGAAACGUGACAGCAGAGUAGUGCUACACAAGUAGCUUUAAAUGGUUUUGGUUUUGUAAAAUUUAUUUGCAGAAACUCGUACGUUAAACACAAAGACUGAACAGGAUGUUUCAAAUCAAAGUAAGAACAGGAACUUGUGUUUUUAGUGUUUUAAUUUCAUACUUUGGUAAAAAAAUUCAAUUCAAAAAAUGUAUUAAUUUCAUUAAAAAA